UUCUCCCCCUUGUUGUCUUCCUUACCCUCUUCCUUCCUUCAAUCGAAUAGCGCUAUAGCACCAACCAACUUCCCCUUGCUCUCUCGCCGCCGAUCAACCACCAUGUCUGACCGCUCCUCCGCCGCUCGCCUCCACAUCUCCACCGCACCUCCUCCCUUCCAGAUCUCCAAAGAUUUCCAAGGCUCUGACAAUCCGAUUCCACUUUCCCCGCAGUGGCUUCAGCCGAAGCCAGGGGAGAAUAAACCUGGAACAGGAAAUGUGGAAAACCAUGUGUUCUCUACUCCGGCAUAUGACAAUCCCUCUGAGACUGUUAAGACAUCUGGAAUUGGAGAGGAUGUCCCUGAUGGCCAUAAGAGAAAGGAUGUCUUUAGGCCAUCCGUGCUUGACUCUGAAAAUGGGCGCCGUGACCGUUGGCGGGAUGAAGAAAGAGACACUAAGUCCUCCAUGCGCAACGAUCGUUGGAGGGAUGGAGACAAGGACCAAGGUGAUGCUCGGAAAGUGGACCGAUGGGCAGAAAACCCAUCCGCAAGGCACUUUGGAGAAACACGUCGUGGUACACCUGAUAGAUGGAAUGAUUCAGGUAAUAGAGACAUGAACACUGAUCAGAAGCGUGAGAGUAAGUGGAACACGCGCUGGGGUCCAGAUGAUAAGGAGCUUGAAGCUCAUCGUGAAAAAUGGAAUGACUCUGGUAAAAAUGGUGAUCAGAGCAUGGACAAAGGUUUGUCUCACAUUUCCUAUCCUAGCAAGGAUGAAAAGGAAGGGGAUCAUUAUCGGCCAUGGAGGUCUAACUCCUCACUAAGCCGUGGAAGGGUAGAGUCUCCCCAUAACCAGAAUGUGACACCUAACAAACAAGGGCCUGCAUUUUACUCUGGGAGGGGCCGUGGGGAGGAUACACCUCCUGUCAAUACUCUCGGACGUGCUCGGCUUGGCUCUGGUGGUAGCUCUAUAAAUAGCACCUAUAUGCAUUCUCAAUACCCUGGAACUGUAUUGGAUAAAUUUGAAAGUGAGCAUGGAGAAGCUCGUCCCUUUAGAUACACUAGGACUAAUAUGCUUGAUGUGUAUAGAGUGACUGAUGUGCAUACAGAUAGAAAACUAGUGGAUGAUUUUCUGCAGGUACCUCCUCUUACGCAGGAUGAACUGGUGGAGCCUCUAGCUCUUUGUGAACCAAAUUCUGAGGAACUGUCUGUCUUAAUGGGCAUUGACAAAGGGGAAAUAUUGAGCAGCAGUGCACCUCAGGUGUCAAAGGAUGGACGGAACUCAACAGAAUAUCCACAUUCUAGACGAAUGAAGCUUGGAAAUGCAUCUGUGCAAGAUAGAGGUGAAGAUGGAGGUUCUUACAAAGUAGCUGAUGAGGUGCCAAGUAAUAGAGAAUCAACCUUUGAAGAAAAUAAUUCUGUUCAUCCUCCUGCUGCAUGGCGUGCCACACCCCUGGGUGCACAUGCAAGCAAUCUCAUGCAUGAUAGCAGAAAUGUGCUUGGUGAUGUCAGGCCAAGAAACUCAGAUGUGAGCUGGUCGCAGCAGCCAAAAGAUCCUCGUUCUCAGUGGGACAAUAAUUUGGAAUACUUAUCUAGUGAAAAUUCCUUUGUUAAGAGGCAACUAACUGGCGUUUUGGACAGUGAACUUGAAACCAGGAGAGUUCCACAGACUUCUCCAGAGGAGUUAUCCCUUUUUUAUAGAGAUCCUCAGGGUCGAGUUCAGGGCCCAUUCAAAGGAAUUGAUAUUAUUGGAUGGUUAGAGGCUGGGUAUUUUGGUAUUGAUUUACCAGUUCGUCUGGAAAGUGCAGCUCCUGACUCACCAUGGUUGCAACUUGGUGAUGCCAUGCCCCAUUUACGAGCUAAAGGUGGACCGCCACCUGGGUUUUCUUCAACAAAAGUUGAUUCUACAGAGGCACCUGGUUGGCAAAAUUCCAGUAUCUUCGGAAACAUUAAUUCUGGUUUGAGUGAGGCUGGGAUGUUGAGAAAUGAUUCCAUACAUAGACAGAGUUCUGGUACAGAAGCUGAAAAUAGGUUUUUGGAGUCACUCAUGUCUGGUAGCAAGAGCAGUCCCACACUUGAAAGUCUGACAUUGCCAGAAGGUUUACAAGGAUUUAUGGGAAAUAAUUCUGGUAAUAUGGGCCCGUCAGGAGUUGAUGGUGGAAGCGAUCCUUACUUGCUGGCCAAAAGGCUGGCACUUGAACGACAGAGGUCCUUACCCAAUCCUUAUCCAUAUUGGCCAGGGGUAGAAGCUCCAUCUCUUCCGCCGAAAUCAGACAUUGUUCCAGAUGCAUCACAACAUUCAAAACUCUUGCCUUCGUUGAGUGACAAUUCUCGUCAGUUUCAGUCCCAAAAUUCUGAGUUGUUCUCAAUCAUCCAAGGAUUAUCCGACAGGGCAUCCACUGGUUUGAAUAAUGGUGUUCCUGGAUGGACAAAUUAUCCCAUACAAGGUGGAUUGAAUCCCUUUCAGAAUAAGAUUGACUUGCAUCAUGAUCAGAAUUUUCUUCAAAUGCCAUUUGGAAUUCAUCAACAAAGGUUGCAAGCACCAAACCAAUUGCCUUUAAAUAACUUCAUUUCACAAACUGCAGAUAAUCCAUCUAGCAUUUUGGCAGCAGAGAAAUUACUUUCUUCCGGUUUAUCGCAAGAUCCCCAAAUGGUAAAUAUGUUGCAACAGCAAUACUUGCUGCAGUUGCAUUCUCAGGCAACUGCUCCUACGCAGCAGAUGCCUAUGUUAGAUAAACUUCUAUUACUGAAGCAGCAACAGCAGCAGGAGGAGCAACAGUUGUUACUACGUCAACAACAGCAACUGCUUUCUCAAGUGCUUCAAGACCAUCAGUCUCACCAGCGCCUUGGCAAUUUAUCUUAUGGACAGCUGCAGGGAGGUGGAAUACCAGGGGGGAAUUUGCAUGGGAUUUCUUCUCAAUUUCAACCACCUCAACAAAUUUUUCCGAUGAGCUCUCAGACUCCGAUUCACAAUGUGCAUGAUGAGCGUAAUAAUGGUUCUUUGAAUUCACCUCUGCAAGUAAGUCAGGACACUGGCUAUAAUAUAAACAGCGAAUCUUCUGUGCAGCUGCAACACCAAUUAUUCGGCAAUCAUCAGAAUAACUGGGUCCCUGCUAUUCCUGAGCAAAUUAAUGAAAAGUACCAGGAAACAUUGCCUGCAUCAGCUUCUGUUGAAAGUUCCCUAUUGCAUGAGCAGAAUAGAACAGAAGAGGAACCUGACAUUGCACAGAAACCUCUUUCUGUUUUUGACUGUGCUGCUAAAUCUGCAGAGCAGAUGCCAGACAACAAUUGUACGUCUGGUAGUACUCUUGUGAGUACAAUUUCUGAGUCUGGUGAGCAUUCUCAGGCUGUGCAAUGUGCUGAACCUGCGGUUGCUGUGUCUGCUGCUGAAUAUUGUGAGAUUCAGUUACCACUAGCAAGUCAUCUUGGUAAGGAUGCGGGGAUCAAUUCUGAUAGUAUUGAAGAGCAGCAGGCUGGAAGAGACAGCUCAAAUGUUGAGCCCCCUGUAGUGGAUGUAAAAAAUGUUGAAGCACUUGUACCUAAGAAGGCUAAUGAAAAAAAAUCUAAGAAGCAAAAAUCUUCCAAAUCCCAGUCUUCCGAUCAAACAAAGGGAUUGCUAAAAAAUGUGACUCUGCAGCAGCCAAAGAAGUCAGAAGCUGAAAAUGCAAAUUAUAGUGAAAGCAAUUUAAAGGAAGUCGGCAAGGUUGAAGCAGCUAAGGGAACAAGAAGUAAAGAUAGUCAAUCUGGAGUUGCUACCUCUGAGGCAGCUGAUCAUCAAGUAGUUGGUGGUCUCCCUGCUAAUAUUUCACGAAGCAUCACUGAAACUGUCAUUGAGAGUGAUCUGAAGGCAGGAAGUUCUUUUGCCACACAUAAUAAUGAAUUACCUUCAGGGAGAGCUUGGAAACCUGCUCCUGGUUUCAAGGCGAAGUCUUUAUUAGAAAUUCAACAGGAAGAGCAAAAAAAGGCACAGAUGGAGAUGCCUGUUGCCGAGGUUACUGCUUCUGUCAAUUCCCUGAAUUUGACAACUCCCUGGGUUGGCGGUGUGGCUAAUCCAGACUCUUCAAAGGUUUCUGUUGAAACUUACAGAGAAUAUCUGGCUAAACCUGAAACUCCUCAAAAUAGCAAAAGCAAGAAAAGCCAAUUACAUGAUCUAUUGGCAGAAGAUGUAAAAAAAUCUAGUGAAAGAGAUGGUGAGGUUCCAGACAUUUUACUGUCCUCACAAUAUAUAGCUGUCCAUUCAGAACCAAUAGAUGAAGGAGACUUCAUUGAAGCUAAAGACACUAAAAGAAGCCGGAAAAAGUCUUCAAAAUCAAAGGGUUCAGGGUCUAAGGUCUCACUGCCAGUUGCUGCUUCUAAAGUGCCGAUAAGUUCAAGUCCCAUUGAAAAGGGAAAAAGCUCCCGCAAUUUGCUGCAGGAGAAAGAACAACUGCCUGCCAUACCUUCUGGACCCUCUCUUGGAGAUUUUGUUCUAUGGAAAGGAGAACCAACAAGCCCAUCUCCUUCUCCUGCAUGGAGUACUGAUUCUGCUAAGAUUUCUAAACCCUUGUCAUUAAGGGACAUUCUAAAGGAGCAGGAGAAAAAGUCUUCUUCUGCAGUCCCCCCAAGCCAAGUGUCUACCCUUCAGAAAAUACAGCCUGCCCAAGCUGCUCGGAGUAGUGGUCCUUCAUGGACAGUUUCAGCUUCAUCUCCGUCGAAAGCUGCACCUUCUGGCCAGAUAAACUCCCAAGCUUCUCAAUCAAAACACAAAGGGGAUGAUGACUUAUUCUGGGGUCCAGUUGAGCAAUCCAAGCUAGAAAAUAAGCAGUCAGGUUUCCCUCAACUUGCAAGCCAGGGGAGCUGGGGUUCCAAGAAUGUUCCUGUGAAAGGUAAUUCACCGGGACCACUAAAUCGACAAAAAUCAGGGAGUAGUAAACUAACAGAGCAGUCUCUAUCAGCAUCACCUGCCUCUUCUCAAUCAUUGCUGAAAUCAAAAAAAGAUGCCAUGACUAAGAAUUCUGAAGCCAUGGACUUCAGAGUUUGGUGUGAGAAUGAGUGUGUCAGGCUUAUUGGGACGAAAGAUACAAGUUUCCUUGAGUUUUGCUUGAAGCAAUCCAGAUCUGAAGCGGAGAUGUUUCUGAUAGAAAACCUCGGAACAUAUGAUCCUGAUCAUGAAUUCAUUGAAAAAUUCCUCAACUACAUGGAGUUACUACCACCAGAUGUUUUGAAAAUCGCUUUUCAGACACAGAAUGAUGGAGAAGUAGCUGGAGGCAUGAUAUCUGGAAAUGCAGAUUUACGCGCUAUGGGACACACUGAGGUAUCUGUGUCAAAAGGUGGAAAGAAGGGUAAGAAAGGGAAAAAGGUUAGUGCUGCAGUUUUGGGAUUCAAUGUCGUAAGUAACCGGAUCAUGAUGGGUGAGAUCCAGACAGUAGAAGACUAAUAUUAACAUAGGUUGUUGUGGAACAUGUACAUGUGUUUUGGCUGUAAUUUGUAAAUCAACUCUUUUAGGAUUUUUUGUUUUUUGUUUUUUUAACACAGCAGAAGCAUUAAUUGGAUCUCUGCUGAAGCAAUUUUGUCAUCUUAAUUUAGCAUUGUUGGAUGUUUAAUUAUGAUGAGAUAGAUGUAAUCCAAAUCAGGCUUAACUUAUUACCACUCCUUUGAUUUUCUUCA